AUGCCGAAUAGUAAAUGGAUAGCAGAUUUAAAAACCGUACUUCAAGUCGCUAAAGCACGUCUUGAUGUACGUGAAAAGAAAAAAUCCGAACAAGUAGCAAAAGAACGUUAUACAGUUGCUGAUUAUGUUCGUAACAAUAAAGUUCCUCGUGCUCGAAUUGCUGUCGAACAUCUCGUACGUGAAGAUUAUAAAAUUGAAGCUAUGGAUCGAAUCGAAGCUUAUCUUGAUACACUUCUUAUGAGAAUGCAAUUAAUAAAAGAUCGAACAAUAGCACCAGCACCAACAACAACCACUACAACUACAACUACAACAACAACUACAACUACAACUACAACUACAACUACAUAUACAACUACAACAACAACAACAACAACUACAACAACAACUACAACUACAACUACAACUACAACUACAUAUACAACUACAACAACAACAACAACAACUACAACUACAACUACAACUACAACUACAACUACAUAUACAACUACAACUACAACUACAACUACAACUACAUAUACAACUACAACUACAACUACAACAACAACAACAACAACAACAACAACAACAACAACUACAACAACAACUUCAACUACAACUACAACUACAACAACAACAGAAGAAAUAAUAAUAACAGAAACAAUAGGAACAAUAGCACCAGUACCAACAACAACUAGUACUACAAGUAAGUAA